GCGAAGGUAGGAAAUAGUCCCGUCAGAAAGAGGUUCUUGGAACGGAGGGGGCUCCCCCUCGCUUGCCUUCCCCGAGCCACCUCCGGUACAUCCAGACGGAGCCUUCCGGCAACUUAGCGGACCCCCCCCACACGUCUUUUGCGGAAAUACUCUCCACGAGUAAUGAGUUAAACGCCCAACUGUUCCUAUAAAAUACCCGAGCAACGCGAAGGACGGAUCUACGCCAAGACUCCCUGGACUCGCAGCAGUUUUUUUCAACAUUUUUGGGUUAAGCUGUUCGGGGUCUGCAUGAAAAGUCCAGCAGCGGGAGCAUGCCGAGGAGGAAGCAGCAAGCACCGCGGCGCUCGUCAGCUUACGGUCCCGAGGACGAGUUUGGAUCGGACAAAGCCGACGAAGAGGAACCCCUUCAGGAUGACGGCCUGUCUCUGGACGGCCAGGAUACCGAUUACUUGUUCAACGACGACGAGGAUGCCAGGGAUCGCUUCAGCUGCCAGAACUCGCCGCUCAGCAACGGCACCAACCCGGACGCCGGCUAUGCCUCUCCGCUCAGCGUGGCGAGCGACCGCCUGCCGGAGCCCAAGGCGCCUCCCUCGGUCAACGACGUUCGGCAAAAGCCGGAGGAUAAACCGGAGGAGAGCGCCGAGUCACUGGACGGCCUCACUUUGCAGGACAGUUUGGCCAAAAUGAAAGCCGCCUAUUCAAACUUGAUCUCUGACGCCUCGUGGUCGAGCAUCGCUUUGAACGUGCCGAAAGGUCAACGGGACGAUGACGUCGCGUCCGGCAAGAACAACAAAAGCGAACACAAGGAGAGCAACGGGAUCCCGAACCACCACGGCCCAAAGAGCAGAUUGAGCGGCACCUGCGCGAGCACUCACACGACCACCGGCGGUUCCGUCACGUCUCGAACUGCGCCCAACAACGCCGCCGUCAAUUCGGGAUUAGCCUACGACUGGCACCAGGCGGCUUUAGCCAAAACCUUUCAGCACACGCCCUACCAGCUUCUCCCCGAACCGAGCCUCUUCAGCACCGUGCAGCUCUACAGGCAAAAUAACAAGCUGUAUGGACCCGUGUUCACGGGUGCCAGUAAGUUCAGGUGCAAGGACUGCAGCGCAGCCUACGACACCUUAGUCGGCCUCACCAUCCACAUGAACGAGACGGGCCACUACCGCGACGACAAUAAGGACACGGAGGACGAUCGGGGCAAGAAAUGGUCCAAACCCCGCAAGCGUUCCCUGCUGGAAAUGGAGGGCAAGGAGGACGCCCAGAAGGUUCUAAAAUGCAUGUAUUGCGGCCACUCGUUUGAGUCCUUGCAGGAUCUCAGCGUGCACAUGAUCAAAACGAAACACUAUCAGAAAGUGCCUCUGAAAGAACCCAUGCCGGCUCUCGCCUCCAAACUCGUGCCGCCGACCAAAAAAAGAUCCUUUCAAGACUUGAUGUCCCCCAGCUCCCCCGACUCGGUGUCCUCCAACGUUGCGCUCGGCGACACCCCCAAAGACCAGAGGCUGACCAAUCCGUACGUCACGCCCAACAACCGAUACGGUUACCAGAACGGGGCCAGUUACACGUGGCAGUUUGAGGCGCGCAAGGCGCAGAUUCUCAAAUGCAUGGAGUGCGGCAGUUCCCACGACACCUUGCAGCAGCUGACGGCGCAUAUGAUGGUCACGGGCCACUUUCUCAAAGUCACCAACUCGGCCUCGAAAAAGGGCAAGCAGCUUGUCUUUGAUCCUGCCGGCGAGGAAAAAUUUCAGUCCAUUCCUUUGCCUCCGACGACCACCAAGCUCCCGGCUCCCAACGGCAAGUUGCGAGCGGACUCCCCUUCGCAGCCGCUCGACCCCGAGGAGGACAAUAGGGAGGGGGUGGAUGAGGAGGCGGAGGAAGAGACUGAAAUGCCAGUGGAACCAGAUCACAAAAUGAAAGAGGAGAACGAAGAUCCGCCCGAGAAGUCGGAUAAGCCAGAGAAGGCAAAGUCAUACCAGUAUCUCCGAGAAGAAGACCUGGAGGAGGUGCCCAAAGGGGGACUGGACAUCUUGAAAUCUUUGGCAAACACGGUUUCAAGCGCAAUCAGCAAGGCCCAGACGGGCACCCCGACGUGGGGCGGCUAUCCCAGCAUCCACGCCGCCUACCAGCUCCAGAGCUGCCUCAAGUCCACCCUGCCUUCUUGCGCGCAGGUUCAGCCUUUAUUCAGCAGCAACUCGCUCAAGGCGCCGUCCUCGGACUUGGCGCCCGCUAGCCCCAGGGCGUCGCCGAGCCGCAAGAACAACGUGCAGGCCAUGGAGAAGCUGGUGGAGAAGGUCACCGGGAAAAGCGUGGUCAAGAGUGAAAAGGAAGAGAAGGGCGCCUUUGCCAAGUCGCCGUCCCCGUACUGUAAAGAGAAACGCGUUUCACCCAAUCCAGAAAAUUCUGCCCAUGACAAAACGGAGUCGCAAAGCACCGAAAGUCGAAAAAGUGCGCAGAUCAAGGAAGAAGCGACGUCGCCCAAAAAGCUUGUCGAUGACGGCGUCGGCAACCUGAGUAUCAUUACCGAGCACUCCCCAGAGCAGCCCCUCGUCAACCCCCUCAGUGCCCUGCAGUCCAUCAUGAACGCCCACUUGGGCAAAGCCGCCAAGGUGACCACGCCCUUCGCCGACCCCUUCGCUUCGCUCUACAAGCUCAACGGCAAGUCGGCUCUCGCCAAGCCGGCCGAGCCGGCCGCCGAGUACCAGAACGACGACCAGCCCAUGGAUUUGACCAAAUCCAGGAGCGCAAGCGGACCCCCGAUGAACUGUACCCCAUCAAACCAACAACCGGUCUCCAAAAACGCGUCCCGGUCAUCGUCGCCGCCCCUCCGAGAGAACGCUUUAAUGGACAUCUCGGACAUGGUGAAGAAUCUGACGGGCCGCUUGACGCCCAAGUCCACCACGCCGUCCUCCGUCUCGGACAAGUCCGACGUCGACGGGGGGGCCUUCGAAGACAGUCUGGAGGAACUGUCUCCCAUCCAGAGGAGGAAAGGCCGGCAGUCCAACUGGAACCCGCAGCACCUCCUCAUCCUUCAGGCGCAGUUUGCCUCCAGCCUGCGGGAGACCGCCGAGGGCAAGUUUGUCAUCAGCGACCUGGGCCCCCAGGAGCGGGUGCAUAUCUGCAAAUUCACCGGUCUCUCCAUGACCACCAUCUCACAUUGGCUGGCCAAUGUGAAGUACCAGCUAAAGCGGACGGGCAGCACCAAGUUCCUCAAGAACAUGGACUCGGGCCAGCCGCUGUUUCUCUGCGGCGACUGCGCCUCCCAGUUCAGAACUCCUUCCUCCUACAUCCGCCACUUAGAGUCCCAUUUGGGGUUCACCCUGCAGGACCUCGCCAAGCUCUCCAUCGAUUUCCUCGAGCGGCAGGUGGUCGGCAGGAUGGACGGAAAGACUCUGGGCCGCUCGGAGUUCACCGAACACGACGACGACGACGGCUCGCUGAAUCAGUGCAAACUGUGCAGUCGCAGCUUCGUGACCAAGCACGCCAUCAAACUGCACCUCUGCAAGACGCACGGCAAAUCCCCCGAGGACCACCUGAUCUUUGUCAAAGAGUUCGACAAGCAGUGACUCGGGACAUGCCGAGCCCGUUCGGGGCACUGCCCGUUGCACUAGAUUGCCCAACAGUGUCGCGACUGUCAAAAUUGUCACCGCGGCGCACAAGAAGCCGUGCGUCGUUCCUUCUUUUCAUUUUCGGUUGGCAAUUGAAAAUAAGAAAAAUAAAAAAU